CGCGUAUCUGGCGGCGCGGCUCACCACCGAUCGAAUCAAAGAAAAAUCAAGAAAAACCUCAAGCGGUUUCAAUUUUCAUCAUUCACUUUUUUGUUUGUUUUUUGUUUACCUACCACUUGUCUGCCCUUUAAGCGCUUCAAGUUUUGUGUGUUUUUGUUUGUUUUUGAAUCUACAACGAAAAGGAGUCGUCCACACAAGAUGCAGUACACAAAGUGCAAAACGAUUUUGAUGCUGGCCGUUCUAGCGUUAUCGCUGACGUUAUCUUUAUCGGCACCCUCGCCCCAGCAGCUCAACGCCGAGUUGGAGUCCACCCUGCAGGACAGCAGCUUCAGCAGCAGCGACCCGGACCUCAAUCCCAUCAAUGCAGAGGAGGUGUUGGGCGAUGGCCAAGAGCGCAACAAAAGAAAACUACCCGAUGCGACAUUUGAGGCCAAGAAUGCCGUGCUCGGCUUUGUCUUUGGUAAAAUCGACAACUUCCUGGACACGAAGACGCGCGUGAUCGAGCAGCUGGACCGCACCAAUAUCGAGAAGAAUAAACAGUGGGACAUCAAGUCGCCGGUGCCCAUCAAGGACUUCCAGACCCUGAUCACAGCCGUCGUCUCGCCGAAAAUCCGCUCGUUGGGCAACAUUGCCAAUGACAUCACCACCGGUGUAUUGACGACCAUCACCGCCUUCAGUGGCUCCUCGGCGGGCAAUGGCAAUCCCAAUGCCGGCCUGGGCAAUGUCGUCUCAAAGUUCUUGAGCUUCUCCGGCCCCAUACUGCAGGGCUCCUCGGGCGGCGCUAACGGCAUUGGCGGUGUAACGACACCCUCACCGGACUCUGACGAGGCGGGCUACUAAACAGGAGCCACAGGAUGAAUGGAGAAAGAGAGAGAGAGAGAGAAAGCAAUGAGAGCGCUAAAUCGGUUGAACUUUGUAAUUUAUCGUUAUCCUUCGACCAAUUCUCAGAUUCUCACUCAACACUCUUGGAUGCAUGGAAGCGUGGAUGCAAAAUCUUGUUGAAUUUUCCUGCCCGGCCCUGCCCUUGCUCCCCUCCCCCACACUAGUUAAGCUCAACUUUACGCAUUGUUUCAUGUUUGUACAUACAUUCGGCAUAUAUAAAUACUAUCGAUAUCAAUCAACCCACACGACACUAUGGCGAUCGAAAAUA